AUGGCAGCUUUUUUGGAACUGCGUAAUAAUGCUGAUCAAAUUCUUGUUGAACUUGAACAUUUAGCAAAAGAAGCUGAAUAUGUUCGAGAACACGAGAAUAGAGCUUCUGUAAUUAUUCAAUCAGCAUGGCGCGGUUAUCUUGUUCGAUCUCAUAUUAAAUAUUUAAAUCGAUGUGCGACUCUUAUUCAAACAUGGUGGAGAAUAUAUAAGGCUAAAGUGUUAUUUCGACAAAAACUGAAAGAACAUGUUCUUCAACUUCGAUUAAAAUAUUAUGAUGAUAAUGCAGUAAAAAUUCAAAAAAUUUGGCGUGGAUUUUAUGUACGUAAAUAUGUGCUUGAUUUUUACAGUCGAAAACGAUAUCUUACUGGACUUGAACAAAAGAAUGAACAAAUUAGAACACAACUACGUGAAUAUAGAGAAUAUUUAGACCAAAAGCAACUUGAACAACAGCGACAAGCAAAUAUUGCAAAGCUAGAAGAAGAAGCUAAAAAAACACAUUAUUUAGUUAGUACUAAAGUUGUGCCUGGCAUAUAUAACUCAAAAUAUUUAGAAGCUCCGAAAGAAAUGGAAAUUAUAUUGAGAACUACAAAGUUUGAACUACCAACAACUACGAAACCGAUUAAGAGUAAGAAGGAUCAAGAGAUUGCAGCAUUAACAAAGUUUUUACCUCCACUCAAAUCAAAGCCACAAGCAAGUUUUCUUUUUUUAUUUUACGUUCGUUAUCAACGUUAUCGUCCACUAAAACCAUCAUUAAGAUGUGAAACAGAUUUUUUUGCAACAGAAAAAAUGCGUGAAGAAUUGAAACUUCAAGAAUGGGUUGAUCGAAUUCAUGAUGACACAUUUAAAUCAGGUCUUUGUCGCGAUAAACCUUAUCCACGAAUGCUAAUUGGAGAAGACCCAUACGUAGAACCAACUAAACUUGAACGGCUAGCGUUACGAGAACCAAAUAAAACACAAUGGGUUGCUGACAAGGGUUUUCGAUCAUUAGUACAUGGUAUACCAGAAUUUGACAAGUUCGAAACGACCUAUGUAGAACCACAUUUUUAUUAUUCAUCUUCAUAA